AUGGCGCUCAACCUCACCGGCGGCUGCACCUGCCAAGGUCUGCAGUAUACCCUCAAGCUGGACUCCGCCAACUCUGCCAGGACUUCACUGUGCCACUGUUCGAGUUGUAAGAAGGCAUUUGGAACUAACUAUGGGCUGACCACCAAGGUCCCAAUUGAGAGUUUUAGUUAUUCCAGAGGCGAGCCGAAGCUCUUCAGACAGAGCAACGGCGUCAUUAGGGAGUUUUGCUCCAACUGUGGCUCCUUAACCUGCGAGUACGGUGAACAAGCUGCCGACAAGUUCAGAUACGUCACCUACGGCACGCUGGAUGACCCCGAAAAGUUACCCCCCAAGGGCGAGUUCUUUUGCAAGGACAGGGCCAGCUGGAUGCCUGAGGUUCCUGGACUCUUUCACAAACAGCAGAUCAAGGAGUGA